AUGUCUCUCUCCGACGUUGCCUUCAUCGGCCUCGGCGCCAUGGGUUUCGGCAUGGCCACGAACCUGUUGCGUCACGGCUAUUCCGUCACCGGCUUUGAUGCCUGUCCGCCCACGCUGGCCCGCUUUGCCGCUGCCGGUGGCAAGACGGCCGCGACCCCAGCAGCUGCGGUAGCCGGCUGUGCCGUGUGCGUCUGCAUGGUCGCGACGGCAGCACAGGUGCAAGCAGUGCUCGUGGAUGGCCCGGACGCAGCGAUGCCGGCACUGCCCCGACAGGCGACCGUGCUGGUGUGCUCGACGGUGCCGUGCGGCUACAUCCAGGCGCUGGCGCGACAGCUCCAAAGCUGCCGUCCGGACGUGGUGCUAUACGACGCGCCGGUCUCCGGGGGGGCCGUCCGAGCAGCCGAGGGGACGCUGACGAUUAUGGGUGCACACACGACCGAUCCGUCCGCAGCGGCUCCCGGUCUCGCUGUUCUGCAGACCCUCGCUCACGACGACUGCCUCUACUUGAUCCUGGCAGCCAGCGAGGCCGUCGGGCUGGCCGUCGGGCUAGCCGUCCCGCUCGACCAGACGCUGCUGGACGGCCUCGACGCAUCCGCUGGCGCCUCCUGGAUGCUCGCCAACCGCGGACCGCGCAUGCUGGUCGGCUUCCAGCCCGUAGCCAGCGCGCUCGACAUCAUCGUCAAGGAUACGGCCAUCAUCACGAGCGAGGCCCGACGGGUCGACUUUCCGGCCCUCCUGACCAGCGUGGCCGAGAGCUCGUAUCUGGAUGCGGUCGCUCGCGGUUGGGGCCGUGACGACGAUUCCGGCCUGCUCCGUCUCUAUUCGGCCGAUCCGUCGCCUGGUGCCGUCUCGGCCGAAGAAGCCAUUGCUGCUGUCGAAACCAUCGUCCCCUCCCAUCUCGUCGUCUCCCUCCUCAAGGGCAUCCAUCUCGUCGCCGCUGCCGAGUCGCUUGCUUUGGCUGCUCACCUCGGCCUCGACCUCGACGCCGUCCUCGCCCUCUGCUGUGACGCCGCUGGCGGAAGCGCCAUGCUCACUGCCCAUGGCCCAGCCAUCAUCUCCGCCAUCCGCCGCACUCCGCUCGAUGCGCUUACUCCCGACAUCGACACCCUCGACUCUGUCUUCCGCGGCCUCGCCGCUGCCGUCCACGCCGCCCAGCUGCUUAAGCUGCCCGUCCGUCUGGGCACCCAGGCUCUCAAUAUCCUCGCUCUCGCCCGUCGCCAGAUCGGCACCAGCUGCUCUGUCGUCCCGGCCGGAGCGGUUGUCAGAGUGUGGCAGAUGGACUGA